CAAAUACUCGCACUACAACAAAUGCCAUUAGUUGUGCUCUCUUUGCUACUUAGAGCACAGUGUAUUCACAGGCUCCAGGGAAAGAUACGAAAUACAGAAGAUAAGCUUGUUGACACAGAACAAUCAUCAACCAUAAUACGCUCUGCGAGGGGAAGGUUUCAGGCUGGAAUCUGACGUUCACCAGGAGGCGAUUCACUCAUACUGGAGUCAUAAAAGUGCAGAGAAGGGAGCCAAAUCACCCGACAGCAGCCGUGUUCUCAGAGAUGAAUGAUUGAAGGGGCUUUCAUCUACAGGCCGCGCCACUGAAACUCGCUGGACAGGAGCAGCACUGGACAGACAGGUAAAGUCACUCAGGGACACAUCCUGCUGUCAUCUCCCAACUCGCCACUUAAUGUUACUCUUAAAAAGGGUUUGUUUUACCUGCGGCAGAUAACAGCGUCUGUCACAUGUUUCUGGGAUUGAGCUACACGGUUUUGAAGGAGAAUUAAACUCCAAGCCUGCCAAAGAUGAUGUAGAGGUUUUUCUUGAUUCACAGGAAAAAGCAGCGAGGAGGAAAAUCUGACGACAGUUAUAUACACUACAAAAACUACUCCAGCAUGGCCUCUGCUACUCAUUACUGAAUUAUCACAUAACAUAUUUAUGAACAAAUAUCAAAAGAAGAGGAUAUAAACUCUCCUACAUUUGCAUCUGUUGAUAGUAGUUUGCAUGAGACUUGGCAGUAUGCACUCGAAGUGGUUCAGUUUUAUUUGUAUCACUUUUAUUUGUAUAAAAUAAUGAAGUGAGAAGAAAAUGAUAAAUGUCUUAAGAAAUUGCAUGGCAGGUUCAGAGGUUAACAUAUGCACAUAUUUGGAGAUCUAUGUUUUCUCCAUUUUACUCAGAAAAAUAAAGAAGGUCCUGAAAUAUGUCAGCAGGAUCUACUUUUUACCCAACAGCCAGUUACAGCCAGUAAGAUACACAAAAUAAACCCACCAAAAAACAGAAUCCAGGAACCCGGUUGACGACCUCAAAGUACAAUCAUUGAUAGAUUUGUAGUAAAAAAUCUGCUUUUUCUUUCCUUACAUAUAAUUUCUUACAUUAUAUAAAUCGAUAUACAAUUUGGUUGUAAUGGUGUUUCUAAAUCAACUCUUUGUAGAAAGAUACAUUUCUUAACAUAAAUUGGUUAAUAAUGUCUAACAAUGUCAUUUCAAUCUGCAGAAGCUUAAUAAAUGUGUUUUAGUAGGUUGCUAUGGAGUGACUGUGUUCAAUUAUCCUUUUAAUCCAAAGAAGAAGAAAAAAAGAUCCUCAAUAUUUGGAGGAAAUCACAAAAGCAGAGGGUUUUAUCCAGAGCUUCUAGAAUCUCAACAUAAAUGUUGCCAGGGUCGUCGUCGUCAUCGACAGACAUAAACCUCGGGGACAAAAUGCUGGCCGUCUUGGAACAGUGGGACGAUGCUUCUGGCUGCCACACAAGCAACAUUGGGAAAUAUUUUGCCCUUUUGCUUUUCAAGUCAGGAUUGGACACAGUAGUGUUUUUUGUAUGCUCCCGGAAAAAGUACACCCACUUUCCAAGCAUGUGCAGCCUGUCCAUUACGCUUGCUGAUUUGCUCUUGACAUUUUUACUGGCAGCUGUGUGGCUUCUUGGAGCUGAGAGAUCUUUCGUGUCGCCCUGCUACCUCUUGGCCAAUGCCUCGGCGAUAUACGGAGCACUGCCACUGCCAAUGAUGUGCCUGGGUUUACUAGAUUACUGUUCAGAAGAAACACGUUUGAGAAACCAAACAGCAUUCUGCAAACUGCUCAGGAAUGUGGUCUUGACAUUGCUGGUGUGGAUGUACGGGGUUAUCUACUCGUUUGGCUCAGUUACUGCUGAGCAAAAAGAACUGGAUUAUUUGGGAGGAAAGGCACUUGUGUGUGAGGUAGAAGAGUCAACACUGACCAAAGUCUUCAUUCUGGGACUUUUCACUGCAUCACUUUUUGCACUGCUGCCGUUUUGGUCCAGUAUUCCUCGGUGGGUGAGAGAGGCUGACAAGAUAUAUGAAGCCCAAGAGGCUCAAAAAAACCAGAGGAGCGACCUUUUCUUCACGCAAAGCGCUGAAACAAAAAGCAGCGAGGAGAAUUACCAGGAGAAUAUCAGCCCACGGCCACCUAUGUGUUUCAGCCUGACACUGGCCUUUCUUAUGUUCUGGAUGCCCUAUCUUGUCAUGUCUGUAGCCUGUCUGAUCUGUGGUAUAGCAGUGCCUGCUUAUAUCUCCGUUAACCUAUUGUGGUUGGAGUGUUUUAACAGCCUCCUGGAAGGUGUGGCAUUCUGGGUGAAGAGCAAGUCACAAAUGCCAUACAGCAAUCUACCUGAAAACCUGUGCUCAUGGCAGGUUUACUGGCAUUUGAGCAAAGGCGUAGGACAGCCACAACUCUCUGCAGCUAUCUUUAACCCAUCAGAAGAGGAAACACUUUACUCCAUCUCUGUGUGUAAGGAAAUACCAAGCAAAUAUGUCAUAUCAAGAGAGGCAUUGCCCUAGGGGUAAUGUGUCAUGAAACAAGAGAGCAUGCAAAUGAACUACAUGGACGAAUGGUUCACCUGUUAUAAAUGCUGCUUCAGAUCCUUUGACUACAGGGUGAAUAGCCAAAGACAAAUGCACCGAUGACCUCUCAAACAGCACACGCUGCAGAUCCAAGAUGCUGCUGUUGUGACUUAACAUGUCACUUUAAAAUGACACUGCAAAGCUGGGUUUUGUAAAUAAAGGCAAUUUAUAAAUCUGUUUCCAAUAAAAACAAUA